GAGAAUGGAGAAUUCUACUGCGGUAUCUAUUCUACAGUCUUCGUAUGAUUUUAUUGACCAGACAAAUCUUUAGAAACCCGAAUGGUCAAUUUCUUGUGUCGUGGUUUUUUUUGUUGUUGUGACUUUUGCUUUGAAAUGAUACAAAAGCGGAAAUACAGUGAGUGUAGCAGCUUCCCUUAGCGCUCCGUGUUCAACCUGUGCGCGGAAUAGUAAGUAGACCAAGGUGGAAUGAAUGGUUUCCUACCAUUUCAGUUUAUUAGGUGAAGUUUACAAUGGCUGUGCAACGCCGAGGAAACGUUAAAACCGCAGACACAACUCCCUUUGAGAAACAAAUUAAAAGGGUGAUCCUACAGAGCCAGACUAAAUCACCAUACAGAGGAUACAUUGUGCCCCUGCUGGCCCUCAUUGGCACAGUUGCGCUUCUGACCUGGCUCUGCUCAGUCUGGACUAAUGACAACACAGAGACUAUGGUCUCCCAAGAGGAAGUACUCACACAGCCCAGAGUGUUCAUGGUCCAGUGCUCUGAAGAUUAUCAAAAAUACAAGCACUUCCCAGAUGUUCUGUCUUCAGGUUGCACACCUAUGAAGUGCGGCCGAGCCGUUUCAGACAGCGUCGUAACGGCGGACGAGGCUCGGGCACUGAAGAGGUUAGCGGAAAAGGGCCUGGCACUUGGGGGUUCAGACGGAGGCGCAUCCAUUCUGGAUCUGCACUCUGGAGCUAUGUCAAUGGGGAGAAAGUUCAUCAAUAUCUACAGAUAUUUUAAUGACCAAAUAAGAGAUAUCUUCACCGAAGAGGAUUUUGAACUCUACAGGGUCGUGCGUGGCCGCAUUCAGACGGUGAUUGCUGAAACAUUUGGCUUGGACUCCAGUCAGCUGUACCUCACCAAGCCCACCUUCUUCUCCCGCAUCAACAGCACCAGUGCUAAGACCCCUCAUGAUGAAUACUGGCACCCACAUAUUGACAAGGCCGAGUGUCUUUCUUUUCCUCAGGCUCCGAGAACCUCCAUCGUGUGGAGAAAGUGGCAUGGGGCACACGUUACGCCAUCACUGUGUCCUUCACGUGUGACCCCGAUUAUGCUAUCGCUGAUCCCAGCUUACCAUAGGGUCCUUCUGAGAUGGCUGGAGCCCUGGGACAAAAACAUAAGAAGAGAAGAUACUUAGGUUUUCAGCUAAAAAUUUCUUUUUUUUUUUCUUUUCUUCAGGGGAAAAAAUACAGACAUUAAGAACUUAUGUUGGAAGAACCACGAUACCUGCACGAGUAAUAAUUGCUCUUUAUUUUAUUGAAAAGAUAAUUUCGCCCUUUCAGAAAUCUUAUUUCCUGUGGAACAUCAUCGCGUCUGUGUUUCUGCUUUUGGCUUUCUCCGCUUGCUUUUUUCCAUCUAUGUAACACCUUCUUGGCCGUAUCCCAUUUGUCACAGUUGGAUCAGUUAUCACAGAUUGGACAAACAGCACAAGUGGAAAUUCUCAACAGGUGGUAUGAAUGAAAUUGCUCAUAAAGUUCAAAUCGCUCAUGGCCUACUGAGAGAGCUAUUCAAAAGCGUUUGCAGGCAUUUAGCUUUCAGUACCUUUCCUAGACUUUGCUGCGAAAAUUUCUGAACAAUGGCACAGUAAUGUAUUUUCUCUUAAUCUUUGAAAAAGUUGUCCUCUGAAAAAGUGUAUUUCAGUAGCUCUAUCUGUCUAUCACGUUCCCUACGACAGAGGGAGUAGAAGGUCUAACCAAGCUGCCGUGCUGGAAAAGUUUAUUAAUGCAAAAUAUUCCGCCAAGACCUUUUACUGUCAUGACACGCACGGAAAUGCAUCAAUUUGCCCGCUCCCUGGAAAGUACAUCUUGAUCUAGAAUUAACUCUGCCAAUUCAAUUCAUGACUAAAUGAUCUUUGCAAUAAAUGUCAUUUAUUGAUCCCAGUGCUUCAGAUUUAAUUGAGCGUAGUUAUGCUUAAUACACUGUUUUAUUGCUGUCAUCAGUUAAGAAUAUUAAACAGAGCUUUUAAGACCUCAAAACUGAUUUUUUUUUCUCCGUUUCUUCCAUUUCUUCACAUUACACCAUUUAAGGGCCUAGAAUCGCAAAGGCGUCCUGAUAUUAGGCUUUUCACCAAGUAUCAUGUUCCCAAUUUAUCCACUGGCAUGGAGAUUUUAACAUUUCAUCUAAACACUUCUGAUGUAGCUGACGACUUAUAAUCAUAAAUAUUAAACAUGUUUAAAAGCUUACAUGAAGGGACUCACUGUCUCACGCCAGAAUUUAAAAGACAGAAACCCAGUGACAGCUGUACUGAACUGUCAUCCACCAUAUUU